AAAUCAACAUGGGCUUGCCUACCACUUCUCCUGACGCUGUAAUCCGCUCCGCCAUCACUAGGAAAAAGCAAAGCAAAAGGCAUGCGCUGUCGCAGCGCACGUUGAACCCCGCUCUGUCACCUGCAAAAGCCCGCUGGCCCCUCUCUGUUGGGGAGUAGUCAAGGGUCCAUCCCACUCGCCGACUUCCUUGAAAACGACGACGACCACCGCGUGACGACACGGGCGCAGCCGUUUCCAGACCAUAGGCCCGAUUCGCGACAUCUUGUAUAGCGUGCCCAGUUCACUCACACCCUCUAUAAACCACAGCAUCCUGCCGCCCGCAGCCUCAACAUGAGCGCAACUGAGAAAGCAGCACCUGUGCCCCAGGAGCCCAACCCGCCUGCAUCCGCCACGACAACUUUGCGCCAAGCCAAACCAGCCGACAACAACAGCAUUCUGGGCAAGGGAAAGAAGCUAUUGGGACUGAGGAAAAAGAAGGGAGACGAGGGAAACCGGCCGGCAAUGGAGCAGACAGGAACGACGGCAGCAGCUGCGGCGUCGACUACGACUAAUAAGACGACGACGACUACAUCGGCACACACACUACUCCCCUCACCCCCAAUGUCUCCGCCAGAGCGUAGGGCAUCGCCGCGAGGUAGCCCGCGCAUGCUGCCUGUGGGCGCGUCUCCUAGCCGUCGCAUUCGCUCUACAUCGCCAAACCUGCACAGCCCAGCGUCGUCGCUCAUUUUCGAGCGCAACGUGCAAGAGCCCGAACCGUCGGUCGAUGUGCCGGCACACAUCAAGACGGAGGACCAUAUACCCCCCGCAUUAGAUGCGACGUCACUGGCCAUUACCGACACUCAGCUCAACCCCGACGAGGUGGAGAUUGUGACACACUCUGCGCACCAACCAGUAGCUGUGGCCGUAGCCGGCAGCAUGGCUGAGUCACUGCACUCACCCCUCAUGGCACCAGAAGAGUCAGCAGCAUCGAGCCAUGUGGAUGCGAGCGAGUCGACAGCGCCAGGUUACGGAGCGCUCGAUACAACAGACCCGCGCCGGCUGAGCUUCAUUUCUUUUGCAGACGUGGUGCAGGCCGAGCACGUGGAACACGACCGGCAGGAAGUGCUGGGGGCGACGUCUGGAGAGGCUCUGCAGUUUAUGAGCCUGUCGUCGACGGCCAACCGGUCGCCGUCGCCCGUAAGGUCGAUAGCGUCGUCACCGCCGACGACGAGCGGGGCGGCGUCUCCCAAGGCGACGGAUCUAGCACGCACACGAUCUCCCGGCAGCCCCACGUCGCCCAUUGUCCUCGGGCACCCGACGCCGGCAUUUGGCGAAGAGCUGCCGGUGCAGAUUGAGACGAUGCGGCAGGCGCUGCGCAAGACGCGGUCAGGGGAUUUGGGAGGCAUUGGGUCGCCGUCGCAGGUUGUGAGUGCAGUGGGUGGGGAGGACAAGGCGGGGGACAAGCCCCCUUUCAAGUGAGGAUAGGGUAGGGGUGCAAAUCACGGAUGGUGGUGGUGGUGGUAGGGGUGUAUGAGUGCAUGUGUGGAUGGAUGGAUGGAUGGAUGUGUGUGUACAUAUGUGAGUGUGUGCAUACAGUGUGAGACGAGGGCGAGGAGAAGGGUGCAAGAGACGUCUUUUUCUUCUCUGGAGUGUUUCUUUUCUGUUUUUUUUUCUGAUAUGAUUUUCUUGUGCCACGAGCAAGCAAGGUUGGGUGGGAGGGUCACGGCAAGCAGGCAGGCAGGCAGGCACAGAGAUGAUGGGGUUGAUUGUUAGGGCUUGUUCAGAUAUCCAUAUGGCGUCGAGAUCAAGGACAGUGUUUUGCUUUGAUGAGCUGAUGUGUGUAUGUGUCUGUGUGCGUGGGAGGGUGGAGCUGGACGGCGGUGGUGGUGAGGGCGUUGGGCCGCUGCAGAUAGAUGAGAGGACGGGCACAGGCAAGCACA